AUGUACGUCUUAAAGUUCUCUAAUAUUUGUGCAUUAAUUUCAGUGUCUGAUGAAUACGAAAUUUUUGAGUUCCUCGAAGAGGACAACAAAAGCAAAAUUGUGGAAGACAAAAUUGAAAGGGCAAUAUUACGUAGCCAAAUGGACUCGUUUUCGAUUGAUGACGAUGAAUUCAUAAAAAGAUAUCGCUUAAGCAAAAACUUAGUGUUGGAACUGUGUGAUGAUUUAAGACCUUUUAUGACAAAGCCUGCUAAGUUUACUGAUUUGUCGAUCGAAACCAAGAUCUUAAUUGCACUGUCUUUUUAUGCCACGGGAUCGUAUCAGCGACCAAUUGGGGACAUAGCUGCUCACUCCGUGCCACAACAGACAGUAUCAGCUGUUUUAGGUCAAGUAACGCAGGGCCUAAACAUGCCUCAAUUGAGGUCAAAAUAUAUAAGAUUCCCGAGAGAUGCAGCACAGCGUAGGGCUAACAUUUUAAGAUUUUACAACAAAUUUGGGAUGCCUGGAGUUUUAGGCUGCAUUGACUGUACACAUGUGGCAAUGGUCCGUCCUUCACAAAACGAAGAGAGAUAUUACUGCAGAAAACAAUAUCAUUCUUUAAAUGUGCAAUUGAUAUGCAAUGCAGAUAUGGAUAUUAUCAGUGUGGAUGCAAGCUAUGGAGGAGCUUCUCAUGAUGCUUUUAUAUGGUCUAAUCACCCUUUGAAGGCACACAUGGAAGACCUCAGCACAAAUGAGGCAAUAUGGCUUCUUGGUGACUCUGGGUAUCCCUUAAGAAGAUACUUAAUGACACCCAUUGUUGAUGCUCCCCCAAACACCCCCGAAGGAUACUACACUGACAUGCAUGUGAGAGCACGUAAUGUAAUUGAGCGCACAAUUGGACUAAUGAAAGCACGUUUCAGAUGUCUACUAGUGCACAGAGUGUUACAUUAUGAGCCUCACAUGGCAGCUUCUAUUGUAAAUGCAUGUGUGAUAUUGCACAACAUAUGCAAUAAGGCUAAUGUCAGUGUAGAAGAGCUGCAGCCAGAGGAAGCUUUGCGGGAAUAUGAAUUGCAACAGUUGACUACUCCUCGCCAGGAUUCUGCAGUAAAUUCUAGGGCCGCACAAAAUCCAGAGCUUCGAGAGGGGAUUACGGUUAGAAAUAACCUUAUCGAUCGCCUCUGGACAAGUCGGAGUGCAACCUGA